AUGAGCUGGGCACUGCAAAAGCCCUGCUGCGACCCAUGCCAGCAGUCUGUUUGCUGUGACCCGUGCCAGAAGCCCUGCUGUGACCCAUGCCAGCAGUCCUGCUGCGAACCGUGCCAGAAGCCCUGCUGCGACCCAUGCCAGCAGUCUGUUUGCUGUGACCCAUGCCAGAAGCCCUGCUGCGACCCAUGCCAGCAGUCCUGCUGCGAACCGUGCCAGAAGCCCUGCUGCGACCCAUGCCAGCAGUCUGUUUGCUGUGACCCAUGCCAGAAGCCCUGCUGCGACCCAUGCCAGCAGUCCUGCUGUGACCCAUGCCAGAAGCCCUGCUGCGACCCGUGCCAGCAAUCCGUCUGCUGUGACCCAUGCCAGAAGCCCUGCUGUGACCCGUGCCAGCAGUCCUGCUGUGACCCAUGCCAGAAGCCCUGCUGUGACCCAUGCCAGCAGUCCUGCUGUGACCCGUGCCAGAAGCCCUGCUGUGACCCAUGCCAGCAGACCAUCUGCUGUACCAAGGUGUGCCAGAAGUCCUUCUGCUGUGGCCAGCGACCUUGCUGCUGCUCGGGAUGUCUGUCUCCAUGCUCCUACGUGGUGAAGAAGCCCGUGGUGAUGCGUUGCAGUCCCGUGCAGUAUUGCUCUCCGAUGAGGAAGUAUUGCAUCCCCAUCCAGCAGUGCUGCACCACGAUCAAGAAGAGUUGCUGA